AUGUACUACAAUAGAAUCUAUCAUCUCUUCUACCAGUACAACCCGAAGGGAGCUAUGUGGGGCAACAUCGUUUGGGUUCACUCCAUCUCUAAGGAUCUCAUCAACUGGGUCACCCUUGACCCGACCAUCUACUCGUCCAAGCCCUUCAACAUAAAUGGGUGUUGGUCCGGAUCUGCCACCAUCCUCUCGGGCAACAAACCUGUCAUCCUCUACACCAGACUCGACUCCCAGAAUAGGCAGGUCCAAAACUACGGCGUACCUGCUAGCCUAUCCAACCCGUAUCUUCGUGAAUGGAUCAAACCCAAUGACAACCCCCUUAUGGUUCCUACCCCGAACAUGAACACGAGCGUGUUUCGUGACUCGACCACGGGCUGGAUCGGGUAAGACGAGCACUGGUGAAUGGUCGUCGGCAGCCAAAGGAAGCACCGAGGAAUGACCUACUUGUACCAAAGUAGAGAUUUCGUGAAUUGGUUCAAGGCGAAGCACCCACUCCACUCUACUCCAAAAAUCGAAAUGUGCGAAUGCCCAAAUUUUUAG